AUGUGUCAGAUAUUUAAAAACGUGAUAUUCUUGAGAAACUUUGCGGAGGGAUUAGAAUCUCGGGACGCGGUUUUUGUAAAUUUCCAUCGCAAAUACAACAUUUCUAAAGUGGCGGUACUCCACGAUGGUUAUUUACCUCCAGCUUCGAUUCCGGAUUUCUCUUUGCCGGAGGUAAUUGAUAGUAGAAAUGUAAUAGGAACGAACGAGACCAGAAACUAUCCCAUAUACCAUUCCCCUGAUCGGGAUUUCUUGCGAGCUCUCACGCGCAAGGGUUUACAAGACAUGAGAUAUCUGGGGGACACUGGGUUACAGGCACCCCAACAUCAUCGACCCCAACAUCGUCGAUCCACUUUUUCGCAAGGCAAACAUUCUCGACAGACUACAACCCAGUUUCCUCCUCCUGCUCCUUCUCUUCCUGCUGUCGGUGAAACACCGGCCUCCUUGGCAAAUCGCAUCAAUGUAGAAAAGAUGUCUUGUCAAAACACAGGAGACGAAUUGUUCUUCAGAGCAUCCAUCAAAGUACCGAGAAACUCGGCUCCGCCGGUGAUAGAUAAUGUGAUGCGUGAAACUUGUCAAGUGAUAGCUGUCAGGGAUUCUUAUCACAUUAAUUUUGAAAGGGAUCAAGUCUGGGAUUGCGGGGUCGUUGAUUGUUCCGCGGAGGGUAACCGAUCGUAUUGUCUCGAGCUGAGAUUUCCAAUGAUUUCCGGUCUACGUUUGAGAGACGAUCACAGGGUGACGUUACAAUGUAAAACACAGGAUAAGAUCGCGUAUCACACAAAGCGAAUCAACGUGAAAACUCUGGAAGUGAAAACGAGAAAUGUUCCGAGUAUGCUCAACGGCGGUUCCAAGAACGCUCUGGACGUGGAUGUGGGACUGUUUAGAAAGACUUACAACUCGGAAAACAUUUUCGAUACAAGGAUACAAUCAGGCGGCACUGUCGUUCUCGGCGAAGAGAUUCUGCUGCGCGUGUUAGUCAACGGUGACGACGGCUGGCGACAUUCUAAGAUUGGCCAAGUGACGAUGCACUAUGUGGAAGAGAGACAGCAACAGAAGGUUGUCAACAGUUUGUGGAUCCUGGACAAGGAUGGUUGCUUAAAUUCGGACGUACACGAAAUCUGUCCUCGAGAACAGUACAUGGCAUCGUCAUUGGAGAGCUAUCUAAUUUUCCAGGCAUUCAUGUUCGAUGGCAUGAAGGAGACUGACGAAAUUUCUCUCACCGUGAAGGCGAUGGCGUGUCUGGAGCCUGUGGAUUGCGUUCUGAAUUGUCCUGCCGGUCAUAUUAGACGCGCCAGGAAUGUUCCAGAUCGAAACAAUACCGUCGAGUGGCAGGAUGACAUAAUCCUGCGUGUGAUUCUUCCAAAAUACGAAUCACGCAUUUCGCAAAAUUAUUAUUUAGCGAUCUUAUUGUUAAUAAUGGCAUUACUCGCGCUAAUCGCAAUAUUACGGAUCAUUAAAACUUCGCUUCGUCGAAGAACAAUAAAAUCCUGA